GUGCGCACAGCAAACCCGCGCACUUACGUAAGGACAUCCAUGGUAUCCAAGCUUGUAACUAUGAACCUCCUCUUAAACAACAUGGCGCAUGUGUACAGCUGCACUGCAAAUAUAGACGAUACAUCCAGUUAGGUGGAAAAUAAGUAAUUUAUGCUCAGCUAGCACCUAAACUAGACUUCGGCGACACUAUCUGAUGCAGACGCUCGUGCCUGUUUACUUGGACAGGCAUCCGUCUCUGCGCGCUUUGACAACUUUGCGCGAGCUCACCUGUUUACCAUGAAGACGAGAAAGCCUUUUAGGUCCUGAACCGUUACUUAGUUUCAGAUUGAAUGUUUUGUUACUGCGGGUACCGUGUAUGCGGGUAUUGUGAGGUCUUUUAACUUGUUUUAGUUAAGAAAAAAUUAAAAAGCUAUGUGACUGCGACCUAAACCAGACUUCAACGGAUGAAGAAAUGUUACUCAACGUUAUGAGAGAAAACAACACACAACUGCACCAGGGGGAAAGGGAGAGAGAUAGACUCCCUCCAAUUUCAAAUAAUUCCACCUCUGUGAGUAUUACAUGUUUUUCAAUGUUUCUAAUUAAAUUAAAUAUGACAAAUAAAUGUUUCCAUGUUCAAUUAACAAAUAAAUAAAAUAAAAUUCUGUUUUUUUAAAAUAAUUUUCAUGUGUGAUCAAUGUCAUACAAUUAAUUCUUAAAAUGUAAAAAUAAAAUAAAAUAAAGGUUUAGAAAAAGGUUUAGAUUUAGAAUGUGUUUUUUUUUCCCAAUGCAUAAUGGUAACAUACUAACAUUACCAUUUCAAUUAUCUCAGAGCUUGUCUUUUUGGGGAAAUGUGUUAAUGUUCAGACUAAGGGUGGAACCUUUUGGACAGCUCUUCCUAACCCUAUUAUGCUAUAAAACAGCAUAGCAGCUCUGUGAGUAAUGAGUGCUAAUAUGCGGUGUUGGGGAAGCUACUCAGAAAAUAGUUCACCAAGCUACCAAUUACUUCACACUGCAUGAAAGAAGUUAAGCUAUACCAAAGCUACCCUUCAGAAAAAUAUAGUUUACUUAAUUAAAGUUACUAUGAAAAAGUAGUUCACUACAUCCAAACUACUUUGUGAAAAAUGAUCAUAUCAUAUAAAUCUAAAAUGUCAUAGAAAACUAAUUGCACAAACAGAUCACUCUGGAGUUAACAGAAUGUGUAUUUUAGCUUUUUAAGUUUCAAGUGAGAAUUAGCCAGGUCUGAUGUCGAAAAAUAAAAUAAAUUAUUGCCUACUGGCACCCAUAUUUUCUUUCUAUUUAGCAAAAAAAAAACUAGUGUGUAGUUCCAGUAGUCAGCUACACCGCUACAUGGCAAAAAAAGUUAUUAACUACUGAAAACACUACCAAUAUUUGAAUUUAGUUCAACUACUACCAAGCUACUGCAAAAUGUUGUUCAUUACUAGUUGAACUACAUGUAGUUCACUACUCCCCAACACAUUAUCACUGAAACAAAGCCUGUACUGUCAUAGUUCUGAUCUAUACUGUUAAAAUUAUAAUUAAAUCCAGGACCUAAUGUCAAUUUUUGGACAUCCAAGACUCCAUGAUGUCUGUAAUAUGAAUUCUGUUUUUUUGUCAUAGGGUACUGAUCGUGGACCAAAGCUGCCAUAUCCGUCCCUCAGUUUCAUCUCAAACCACAAAAAGGAGGCUGGUAGCCACGGCCUCUCCUCCCAGUUUAUCCUUCCUGGCAUACGGCAUGGUAGGUCCCGUCAUGGUAACCCUAAUGUACACAUUACUUCAUUCAAGAGUCAGUCUUUUGUAAACUGAGAUUGUGAAGCUCAUAGUGAACCUAUAUCAAAGUGCAGGCAUGAAGCACUUACUCAAGUUUGAUCCCAAUAGCAUAUUCAACAUGAGCUAUCAGUAUGGCUACCUAACACAUUUUUGAUAUUCUUACCUUCAGGUACAGGGUGUCUAACAAAGCUGAUUUGAUGAACAGAUAUUGUCUGUGGCAUCAAUCAUCUCUAAUUGAUAAACAGUACCCUCCUGGGACAGACUGCACCUUUGCUGAGUAUGAACAAAGUUUUCAAGAGGAACACAUUGAGACUUAGAAAUAUAACUGAGAGGUUUACAAGGAAAUCAUUUUCACAGCGCUCACAAAAGAAAGGCUUGUUUCAAUUUCAAAGUGACCCAUACAGGCUGCUUUGAAAUCAUGAACAAUACACCAGGCAGAUGUGUUGUCGUGGCUUCCUAUUCUUGAGAUCAAAGAUGUUGGAGGAGACUUGAGGAUCAAUGAUUGAUGCAGAUGAGGGAGACAAAGGGCCAUUCAGAGCUGCUCAUCCUUUACAGGGAGAACUUGUUCUGGGUGAAAUGAGCACAACUGUUGUGUUUUCAAAAUACAAGAUGUUAAUAUGUUGUUGUCACUUAUACUUGUAAAUAUGGAGAGUUCAUUGACCCAUGCAAAACAAUUUUUUUAUGCAGGUUUCCUCUAAUGGCUCAAAAAGUCCAAGGUUGCAAGUCUGUCCAUCUUGUUAUAUAAAAGUUAACUGAGAUAGUUAAACUAUAAUAUUGUGGAUUAGAGCACCUGGUUUUAUACACCUUAUACACUGGUACCUUGCCAGUAAGUAGAGUUCAUAUUAAUUACCGCCUUCAUUUUAAUUAGGAAUUGGUUAAUAUAAAAUAGUAUUUUCUAGGAUGGUAUAUUUAUGUGUGAGUAUUUGUGUGUUUUUAUAUGUGGUUACAUGUGUUUUUAUUCCACCUGCAGGUAGAGAUCUUCCCCCCAUCUGUCCUGAUGUCAGACAGAAGCAUCAACAUCGCAUCACCAUUGACAUUUUGCCUCCUGAGGUCAGGGCUCGCUUUGCCUCCGACCCUGUUAUCCCCCUCCGCACCAAGACUGCCAAAGAGUUUCAGUAAGUGCACGCACGCACGCACGCACGCACGCACGCACGCACGCACGCACGCACGCACGCACGCACGCACGCACGCACGCACGCACGCACGCACGCACGCACACACACACACACACACACACACACACACACACACACACACACACACACACACACACACACUGUGUCAUCAUUAUCAUCAGUAUUAUACUCAAACAGAAACAUCUCUUAAUAUUCAUCUAACUUCUACUAGGGAGGACAUUGAGAAGGCAACAGUCUCCGGCGAUUGGAAACACGUCCAUGAUUUCUACUUGACCACGUUUGACUCUUUUUUGGAACUGAAUGCUGCCUUUAAGGUGGGUGAUCCUGAUUGUGCCAUAUCCAAUCCUGCGGUUUCAUAUUUGUAUCGUCAGUCAAGCCAGUGCUAGUUAUACAGAAUGUUUUUAAAUGACUUAUUACAUUAUAUCAAUUAUUUUGUAUGGAUAAGUGUGAUGGUAAAAUUGCUAAAGUAACAGUGUUAAUUUUGAAAUAUGACUGAUCAAUGCAAAUUAAAGGUGACCAUUGUUUUAGUGUUUAAAGUCGGUGAAUAGAGUCUUUCUGGGAGCCAGGAAAAGGGGAAUUUGGAGAGUUGUUUUUGAGUCUGUAAAUGAAUGAAUGAAGUCAUUCAGAAGGUUGUAAAAAAAAAAAAAGAGCACCUGUGUGUGGUUUCCAUGGAGAGUUUUAUACAUGAGAGCAGAACCUAUAAGAGAACGUAUGGUCAUAUAUGGCAAGGAACAGUUGGGUAAAUGUUUAGCACAUGUGAUGGUCGGUCUGCAUGACUUCCUAGAGAUGAUGGAGCUUAUUAGAAGCAAGAGGGUCUAGGAUAUUUCAUAACAAAGUCUAAUAUGGAGUGUUAGCCUUCUCCCAAAGUACAUGCAUAGAAAAAAAGGUGCUAUCUAGAACCUAAAACAGUUAUUUGGCUGUCCCCAUAGGAUAACCCUUUGAAGAACCCUUGUUGGUUCCAGGUAGAACCCUUUCCACAGAGGGUUCUACAUGGAACCCAAAAUGGUUCUACCUGGAACCAAAAAGGGUUUGACCUGGAACCAAAAAGGGUUAUCCUAUGGGCACAGCCGGAAAAAAAACCUUUUGAAACCCUUUUUUUAAGAGUGUAAACCAGACUUGAACUGAGCGAAUCACCAAUAAAAUUAGACUAAACUAGUGUUAGUCCUAAUCUGAAAGUGUUCUUCAUUUCUCUUUUCAGAAAGAAGCAAACGCUCCAUUCAACACGAUUGAAGACUCAGGAAUCAAUACCAAAUUCAUCAAUGCUGUCUAUGACACAUUAUUGCUCACGGUAUGUAGAAUGAUAGAGCAACAAAUAGCCAUGUUUAUAUUAGGUUGUUGAAAUGAAAACCUCUCACUAACAUUGAUCCAACAUUGAUUCAACAGCCUCCUGAUACCCAGAGAGCAGUGCUGAAGGGGAUCAUUAACAGCUUGUUAAGAGAAUGGAAGGGGUGAGUGCUCUUAUAUUUUCAUUCAAAUCAAACAAUUCCUAUCUACAUAGUAAAGCUCUAUACUUUGUGACUUGAAUAUUAAUGCAAACGUUACAUACUGGAUGAGAAAUGAAAUUAACUUCAUAUUGUCUGCUUUAUUUUGCAGUCGACGGACGAAGGAUGACCUGAGAGCGUAUUUCAUUCUAGUUCAGGUAACCUCAUCAAUCAAUCAAUCAAAUGUUAUGUAUAAAGCCCUUUUUACAUCAGCAGAUGUCACAAAGUGCUAUACAGAAACCCAGCCUAAAACCCCAAACAGCAAGCAAUGCAGAUGUAGAAGCACGGUGGUUAGGAAAAACUCCCUAGAAAGGCAGAAACCUAGGAAGAAACCUAGAGAAGAACCAGGCUCUGAGGGGUGGCCAGUCCCCUUCUGGCUGUGCCGGGUGGAGAUUAUAAUAGUGGCCAUUAAGGCCAGAUUUUUCUCCAAGAUGUUCAAACAUUCAUAGAUGACCAGCAGGGUCAAAUAAUAAUCACAGUGGUUGUAGAGGUUGCAACAGGUCAGUACAUCAGGAGUAAAUGUCACUUGGCUUUUCAUAGCCGGGCAUUUAGAGGUUGAAAUAGCAGGUGCGGUAGAGAGAGAGAGAGUUGAAAACAGCAGCUCUCGGACAAGGUAGCACGUCCGGUGAACAGGUUAGUGUUCCAUAGCCGCAGGCAGAAGAGUGGAAACUGGAGCAGUAGCACGACCAGGUGGACUGGGGACAGCAAGGAGUCAUCAGGCCAGGUAGUCCUGAUGCAUGGUCCUAGGGCUCAGGUCCUCUGGGAGUGGAGAAAUUACGAACAGAUUUGGCCAAGGUGCUCUUUUGACCGCUAAUACUUAAUUCCAUGCUAUAAAUAGCAAACCCUUUCAUUACGUAACAAGAGAACAUUGUGUACUUUCCAGUAACAACGGCAAUUUCCUCAUUAGAAGUGAGACAGUUUCUGCAUGCAAAUGUAUGCAUUACGCAGGAACACGCACGCAUGUGCUCCACAGCCAUCUUACAAAAUGAAUUUUUGUUUUGGGGCCUCAGUAUGUUAAACACAGCAGCCAUCAGUCUAAAGUCAAAUCAGAAACACAGGAAACUCUUGAUCUGCUACCUCGCCACAUGGCCCAUUGACUCCAGUCAUAGCCCAGGCAGUUAGUCAGUCUCAGUCAGGCUCUGGAUAUAAUGAGAGCACAGUGUUUACUUCACACAUGAGCAACAGACUAGAGGCAGGCUUGGCACCAGCCAAAUAUGGACACGACUAUUAGACACAGAGUCUGGUAAAGACUUGGGAGACAGACUGGGAAAUGGUUGAAUAGAACUGGGAGGAUUUCUGUCUGCUAAAAAGUGAGACUUUGGUUGGAGACUUCUGGUUUCUAUCCCAUUCAUGGUUUUAUUAUUGUUUCAGAUGUUUUAUGGGGUUUAUAGGGCAGUAAAUUAAAAAGCACUUCUUCUAUCGCUUUCUUGCCAACAACUUUUUGUGGCUAUUGAGCCUCUACAGUUCUUUCUUUCAUCCAAAUUUAGUGUAUGAUGACAUACAUUCGUCUUUGGGCUGUUGAUAGGCUCUCUGACCAAUAUUUCGGUGGCGGAUCCUGUGAAAUUGAAAGGCACAAGGCAAUUAUUGGGAUUAUAUCCCAAUUGGCACCCUAUUUCCUAUAUAGUGCACUACUUUUGACCAGGGCCCCAUUUGGGAAGUAGCCUAAGUAGAUGUGUCUGUCCGACUUGGUUGAUGUCAGUCAGCCCCUGGUAAUACAAGUGGUAUUAUUCUCCCUCUCUCUCUCUCUCUCUCUCUCUCUCUCUCUCUCUCUCUCUCUCUCUCUCUCUCUCUCUCUCUCUCUCUCUCUCUCUCUCUCUCUCUCUGCCAAGGGAACGGAUGAGGUCAUGUUUGGAAUGGAAAAGUCUGGUUUCCUCUGUAAUGCCAGUCUUUAUUAAAAGCCAGACUUCUUCAGCUGCUGCUCCAAAUGAAAAGCUAUAUUUCCUUUUUGAAGUGCACUGCCACUGCUGAAAAAGCUCCUCUUUGUUGCAGAACCCUCAGUGCACCAGCCCAGCCACAUAUGUCAUCUAUGCACACUUACUGAGGCAAAUAGCCGCGUUGGCUGAAGCAGACCACUAUUUCCUGAUGCACUGGUUUAAGAAGUAAGAGUCUGAAUUGUUCCUCUGCGUUAUAUAUAUAUUUUCAAGCCAGUAUAGUUGUUAUCCCCAAAGUAAACACAGUCCUAAGAAAGAAACCUUUGUUGUUAUUCUUUAUCCAGGAAAGUUAAAUCAAUAACGUUAAAAAUACGUUUUCGAAAUUGUUUUAGUAACAGUUGGUAGAGAUUGAGCAGUCAUACUGUAGCUUUCAAACCAAGACAAUCUAUUUUGACAGUUAAAAUGUAUUCCUUGCCAUGUACUCAGUGUUUUCGAUUAUAUAAUUCUGAUGAUGAUGGUGAUCAUGAUAAUGCCUUGAUUUUUUAUGAUGAUUAUCUAACUCGUGUCCUCCUCUCCCAGGCUGUCCCAGAAGCGGUUCAAACAGCUGGUGGAGCGGCUCCACCUCUUCAUCUCCACCCGUUUGUUCCCUGCCAAGCCUGAGGAGCUGCCCCCCAUGGCCAAGUGCUCCUGGUGGAUCCCCUCCGCCACCAAGGUCCUCUCCCUCCUCAGUGAGUAGGACGUCUUCUAUAUCCACCCCUACAGGGAGCUGAGGUAAUGGGGGGUUGUGAUGGAUUGAACUACACUUUCUACAGACAUUGAAUUCUGCUGUCCAUAUACAGUGCAUUCGGAAAGUAUUCAGACCCCUUGACUUUUUCCAAAUUUUGUUACGUUACAGCCUUAUUCUAAAAUUGAUUAAAUAAAUGUUUUCCUCAUCAAUCUACACACAAUACCCCAUAAUGACUAAGAGAAAACAGGUUUUUAGAAACAGAAAUUACUUAUUUACAUAAGUAUUCAGACCCUUUGCUAUGAGACUCGAAAUUGAGGUCAGCUGCCAUGAGGUCAAAUGAAUUUUCCAUAGAGUUCUGAGACAGGAUUGUGUCGAGGCACAGAUCUGGGGAAGGGUACCACAACAUUUCUGCAGCAUUGAAGGUCCUCAAGAACACAGUGGCCUCCAUCAUUCUUAAAUGGAAGAAGUUUGGAACCACCAAGACUCUUCCUAGAGCUGGCUGCCCGGCCAAACUGAGCAAUCGGGGGAGAAGGGCCUUGGUCAGGGAGGUGACCAAGAACCCGAUGGUCACUCUGACGGAGCUCUAGAGUUCCUCUGUGGAGAUGUCAGAACCUUCCAGAAGGACAACCAUCUCUGCAGCACUCCACCAAUCAGGCCUUUAUGGUAGAGUGGCCAGACGGAAGCCACUCCUCAGUAAAAGGCACAUGACAGCCCACUUGGAGUUUGCCAAAAGGCAGCUAAAGGACUCUCAGACCAUGAAAAACAAGAUUCUCUAGUCUGAUGAAACCACGAUUGAACUCUUUGGCCUGAAUGCCAAGCGUCAUGUCUGGUGGAAACCUGGCAACAUCCCUACGGUGAAGCAUGGUGGUGGCAGCAUCAUGCUGUGGGGAUGUUUUUCAGUGGGAGACUAGUCAGGAUCAAGGGAAAGAUGAACGGAGCAAAGUACAGAGAUCCUUGAUGAAAACAUGCUCCAGAGAGCUCAGGACCUCAGACUGGGGCGAAGGUUCACCUUCCAACAGGACAACGACCCUAAGCACACAGCCAAGACAACGCAGGAGUGGCUUCGGGACAAGUCUCUGAAAUGUCCUUGAGUGACCCACCCAGACCCCGGACUUGAACCCGAUCUAACAUCUCUGGAGAGACCUGAAAAUAGCUGUGCAGCGACGCUCCCCAUCCAACCUGACAGAGCUUGAGAGGAUCUGCAGAGAAGAAUGGGAGAAACUCCCCAAAUACAUGUGUGCCAAGCUUGUAGCGUCAUACCCAAGAAGACUUGAGGCUGUAAUCACUGCCAAAGGUGCUUCAACAAUGUACUGAGUAAAGGGUCUGAAUACUUGUGUAAAUGUGAUAUUUCAGUUUUUUAUUUUUAAUAUAUUUGCAACAAUUUCUAAAAAACAGUUUUUGCUUUGUCAUUAUGGAGUAUUGUGUGUAGAUUGAUGAGGGAAAAAAACAAUUUAAUCAAUUUUAGAAUAAGGCUGUAACGUAACAAAAUGUGGAAAAAGUCAAGGGGUCUGCAUACUUUCCGAAUGCACUGUAUGUCUGGACCUCCUAUCGAUAUUUGUCUGGGGUACACGUAGUUUGAGGGUCAGGAGAAGUUCAGAGGUGUCAAGGUUCAAGCAAACAUCAGUCUAAGAGACCUUGAUACAUUUUUAUUUUUAUACUUUUUCUUCAUUGUAGAUGCAGCCAAUAGCAUUUCUUGCACUCCCAUCAUGCCCUUUGUUGACUUCUAUAACCUCACACUGGACCACACUGACUUCAUGGAGGAUUAUCGCACAUGGCAGACUCAGGGAAACUUUACCAGGUGAGGCAGGACAAUAUUAUCAGAGCAAAGCUUAUGUUGACCAGUGCUGUUCAAUUCUGCCCAUAACCCUUGUUGUUAUGAUUCCUGUGUUUCCCUGUAAAUAAAUGGAGCUCCCUCUUGUGCCAGUUUUCAGCUUUAUAACAACAGAUUGAUUGUUUAUGAUAUAAGAUUGCAACAUCAGAUACACUAUAUAUACAAAAGUAUGUGGACACCCCUUCAAAUUUCGGCUAUUUCACCCACACCCAUUGCUGACAGGUGUAUAAAAUCAAGCACACAGCCAUGCAAUCUCCAUAGACAAACAUUGGCAGUAGAAUGGCCUUAAUGAAGAGUUCAGUGACUUUUAACGUGUCACCGUCAUUGGAUGGCACCUUUCCAACAAGUCAGUUCGUCAAAUUUCUGCCCUGCUAGAGUUGCCCGGUCGACUAUAAGUGCUGUUAUUGUGAAGUGGAAACUUCUAGGAGCAACAAUGGCUCAGCUGCGAAGUGGUAGGCCACAGAAGAUCACAGAACGGGACCGCCAAAUGCUGAAGCAUGUAGCGCGUAAAAAUCGUCUGUCCUCAGUUGCAACACUCACUACCGAGUUCCAAACUGCCUCUGGAAGCAACGUCAGCACAAUAACUGUUCGUCAGGAGCUUCAUGAAAUGGGUUUCCAUGGCCGAGCAGCCGCACACAAGCCUAAAAUCACCAUGCGCAAUGCCAAGUGUUGGCUGGAGUGGUGUAAAGCUUGCCGCCAUUGGACUCUGGAGCAGUGGAAACACAUUCUCUGGAGUGAGGAAUCACGGUUCACCCUCUGGCAGUCAGACUGACUAAUCUGGGUUUGGCGGAUGCUAGGAGAAAGCUACCUGCCCGAAUGCAUACUGCCAACUGUAAAGUUUGGUGGAGGAGGAAUAAUGGUCUGUGGCGGUUUUUCAUGGUUUGGGCUAGGCCCCUUUGUUCCAGUGGAGGGAAAUCUUAACGCUACAGCAUAAAAUGACAUUCUAGACAAUUCUGUGCUUCCAACUUUGUGGCAACAGUUUGGGGAAGGCCCUUUCCUGUUUCUGCAUGACAAUGCCCCCGUGCACAAAGCAAAGUCCAUAGAGAAAUGGUUUUGUCGAGAUCCGUGUGGAAGAUCUUGACUGGCCUGCACAGAGCCCUGACCUCAACCCCGUUGAACACCUUUGGGAUUAAUUGGAACGCUGACUGCGAGACAGGCCUAAUCGCCCAACAUCUGUGCCCGACCUCACUAAUGCUCUUGUGGCUAAAUGGAAGCCAGUUCCCGCAGCAAUGUUCCAACAUCUAGUGAAAUGCCUUCCCAGAAGAGUGGAGGCUGUUAUAGCAGCAAAGGGGGACCAACUCCAUAUUAAUGCCCAUGAUUUUGGAAUGAGAUGUUCGACGAGCAGGUGUCCACAUACUUUCGGUCAUGUAGUGUAUAUUUCAAACCCAGACAUAUCAUAGCAUCCAGCUACGAUACAAUCUCCAAUGAGUAUCAUACACCAAGAGAACACAAUCCCUGAUUAAACCAAAACAUUCUUUCCAUGUGAUAAGUUAUGAUAACCAAACAUCCCCGUUCCUACCGGUUCCUCCCCAUCCACAGGUUUACAUUCUGCCAGUUCCCCUUCAUUCUAUCCACGGUGGUGAAGAAGGCAAUCAUCCAGAAGGACUCGGAGCAGCAGAUGAUCAGCAUGGCCAGGGUGAGACAGAGGUCACUGCUCACAUAGGUCCUUGUCGUCCAUCUAUGACAGUGUCAUUGUAUUGCAAGACAGCACAGACAGUGCCUCACAGUCUCAGUCUAACCCUUACCCUUCUGUAUGUACACUACCGUUCAAAGGUUUGGGGUCACUUAGAAAUGUCCUUGUUUUUUCCAUGAAGACAUACAUGAAAUGAGUUUGAAUAGGAAAUAUAGCCAAAUGAAUAGGAAAUGUAGUCGAAAUAAUUAUUUUUAAUUUAAAUAAUAAUUGUGUCCUUCAAACUUUGCUUUUGUCAAAGAAUCCUCCAUUUGCAGCAAUUACAGCCUUGCAGAGCUUUGGCAUUCUAGUUGUCAAUUUGUUGAGGUAAUCUGAAGAGAUUUCACCUCAUGCUUCCGGAAGCACCUCCCACAAGUUGGAUUGGCUUGAUGGGCACUUCUUACGUACCAUACGGUCAAGCUGCUCCCACAACAGCUCAAUAGGGUUGAGAUCCAGUGACUGUGCUGGCCACUCCAUUAUAGACAGAAUACCAGCUGACUGCUUCUUCCCUAAAUAGUUAUUGCAUAGUUUGGAGUUGUGCUUUGGGUCAUUGUCCUGUUGUAGGAGGAAAUUGGCUCCAAUCAAGCGCCGUCCACAGGGUAUGGCAUGGCGUUGCAAAAUGGAGUGAAAGCCUUCCUUCUUCAAGAUCCCCUUUACCCUGUACAUAUCUCCCACUUUACCACCACCAAAGCACCCCCAGACCAUCACAUUGCCUCCACCAUGCUUGACAGAUGGCAUCAAGCACUCCUCCAGCAUGUUUUCAUUUGGUCUGCGUCUCACAAAUGUUCUUCUUUGUGAUCCGAACACCUCAAACUUCGAUUCGUCUGUCCAUAACACUUUUGUCCAAUCUUCCUCUGUCCAGUGUCUGUGUUCUUUUGCCCAUCUUAAUCUUUUCUUUUUAUUGGCCAGUCUGAGAUAUGGCUUUUUCUUUGCAACUCUGCCUAGAAGGUCAGCAUCCCGUAGUCGCCUCUUCAUUGUUGACGUUGAGACUGGUGUUUUGCGGGUACUAUUUAAUGAAGCUGCCAGUUGAAGACCUGUGAGGCGUCUGUUUCUCAAACUAGACACUCUAAUGUAUUUGUCCUCUUUCUCAGUUGUGCACCGGGGCCUCCCACUCCUCUUUCUAUUCUGGUUAGAGCCAGUUUGCGCUAUUCUGUGAAGGGAGUAGUACACAGCGUUGUACGAGAUCUUCAGUUUCUUGGCAAUUUCUCGCAUGGAAUAGCCUUCAUUUCUCAGAACAAGAAUAGACUGAUGAGUUUCAGAAGAACAUUCUUUGUUUCUGGCCAUUUUGAGCCUGUAAUCGAACCCACAAUUGCUGAUGCUCCAGAUACUCAACUAGUCUCAAGAAGGCCAGAUUUAUUGCUUCUUUAAUCAGCACAACAGUUUUCAGCUGUGCUAACAUAAUUACAAAAGGGUUUUCUAAUGAUCAAUUAGCCUUUUAAAAUGAUAAACAUGGAUUAGCAAACACAAUGUGCCAUUGGAACACAGGACUGAUGGUUGCUGAUAAUGGGCCUCUGUACGCCUAUGUAGAUAUUCCAUAAAAAAUCAGCCGUUUCCAGCUACAAUAGCCAUUUACAACAUUAACAAUGUCUACACUGUAUUUCUGAUCAAUUUGAUGUUACUUUAAUGGGCAAAAAAAAUUGCUUUUCUUUCGAAAACAAGGAAAGUUACCCCAAACCUUUGAACGGUAGUGUAUACAGUAUGUAUAUAUACAGUUGAAGUUGGAAGUUUACUUACACCUUAGCCAAAUACAUUUAAACUCAGGUUUUCACAAUUCCUGACAUUUAAUCCUAGUAAAAAUUCCCAGUCUUAGGUCAGUUAGGAUCACCACUUUAUUUUAAGAAUGUGAAAUGUCAGAAUAAUAGCAGAGAGAAUGAUUUAUUUCAGCUUUUAUUUCUUUCAUCACAUUCCCCGUGGGUCAGAAGUUUACAUACACUCAAUUUGUAUUUGGUAGCAUUGCCUUUAAAUUGUUUAACUUGGGUCAAACGUUUCGGGUAGCCUUCCACAAGCUUCCCACAAUAAGUUGGGUGAAUUUUGGCCCAUUCCUCCUGACAGAGCUGGUGUAACUGAGUCAGGUUUGUUGUAGGCCUCCUUGUUUGCACACGCUUUUUCAGUUCUGCCCACACAUUUUCUAUAGGAUUGAGGUCAGGGCUUUUUUUUCAUUUUUUUUUUCACCUUUAUUUAACUAGGUAAGCCAGUUGAGAACAAAUUCUCAUUUACAACUGCGACCUGGCCAAGAUAAAGCAAAGCAGUGCGAUAAAAACAACAACACAGAGUUACAUAUGGGGUAAAACAAAACAUAAAGUCAAAAAUACAACAGAAAAUAUAUAUACAGUGUGUGCAAAUGUAGCAAGUUAUGGAGGUAAGGCAAUAAAUAGGCUAUAGUGCAAAAUAAUUACAAUUAGUAUUAACACUGGAAUGAUAGAUGUGCAAGAGAUGAUGUGCAAAUAGAGAUACUGGGUUGCAAAUGAGCAAAAUAAAUAACAAUAUAGGGAUGAGGUAGUUGGGCGGGCUAAUUUCAGAUGGGCUGUGUACAGGUGCAAUGAUCGGUAAGGUGCUCUGACAACUGAUGCUUAAAGUUAGUGAGGGAGAUAAGUGUCUCCAGCUUCAGAGAUUUUUGCAAUUUGUUCCAGUCAUUGGCAGCAGAGAACUGGAAGGAAUGGCGGCCAAAGGAGGUGUUGGCUUUGGGGAUGACCAGUGAGAUAUACCUGCUGGAGCGCAUACUACGGGUGGGUGUUGCUAUGGUGACCAAUGAGCUAAGAUAAGGCGGGGAUUUGCCUAGCAGUGAUUUAUAGAUGGCCUGGAGCCAGUUGGUUUGGCGACGAAUAUGUAGUGAGGACCGGCCAACAAGAGCAUACAGGUCACAGUGGUGGGUAGUAUAUGGGGCUUUGGAGACAAAACGGAUGGCACUGUGAUAGACUACAUCCAAUUUGCUGAGUAGAGUGUUGGAGGCUAUUUUGUAAAUGACAUCGCCGAAGUCAAGGAUCGGUAGGAUAGUCAGUUUUACGAGGGCAUGUUUGGCAGCAUGAGUGAAGGAGGCUUUGUUGCGAAAUAGGAAGCCGAUUCUAGAUUUAACUUUGGAUUGGAGAUUCUUAAUGUGAGUCUGUAAGGAGAGUUUACAGUCUAACCAGACACCUAGGUAUUUGUAGUUGUCCACAUACUCUAGGUCAGACCCGUCUAGAGUAGUGAUUCUAGUCGGGUGGCGGGUGCCAGCAGCAUUCGAUUGAAGAGCAUGCAUUUAGUUUUACUAGUGUUUAAGAGCAGUUGGAGGCUACUGAAGGAGUGUUGUAUGGCAUUGAAGCUCGUUUGGAGGUUUGUUAACACAGUCCAAUGAAGGGCCAGAUGUAUACAAAAUGGUGUCGUCUGCAUAGAGGUGGAUCUGAGAGUCACCAGCAGCAAGAGCAACAUCAUUGAUAUACACAGAGAAAAGAGUCGGCCCAAGAAUUGAACCCUGUGGCACCCCCAUAGAGACUGCCAUAGGUCCAGACAACAGGCCCUCCGAUUUGACACAUUGAACUCUAUCUGAGAAGUAGUUGGUGAACCAGGCGAGGCAGGCUUUGUGAUGGCCACUCCAAUACCUUGACUGUGUUGUCCUUAAGCCAUUUUCCACAACUUUGGAAGUAUGCUUGGGGUCAUUGUCCAUUUGGAAGACCCAUUUGCGACCAAGCUUUAACUUCCUGACUGAUGUCUUGAGAUGUUGCUUCAAUAUAUCCACAUAAUUUUCCUUCCUCAUGAUGCCAUCUAUUUUGUGAAGUGCACCAGACCCUCCUGCAGAAAAGCACCCCCACAGCAUGAUUCUGCCACCCCCGUGCUUCACGGUUGGGAUGGUGUUCUUCGGCUUGCAAGCGUCCCCCUUUUUCCUCCAGACAUAACGAUGGUAAUUAUCGCCAAACAGUUCUAUUUUUGUUUCAUCAGACCAGAGGACAAAGUACGAUCUUUGUCCCCAUGUGCAGUUGCAAACCGUAGUCUGGCUUUUUUAUGCCGGUUUUGGAGCAGUGGAUUCUUCCUUGCUGAGCGGCCUUUCAGGUUAUGUCGAUAUAGGACUCGUUUACUGUGGAUAUAGAUACUUUUGUACCUGUUUCCUCCAGCAUCUUCACAAGGUUCUUUAGUGUUGUUCUGGGAUUGAUUUGCACUUCUCGCACCAAAGUACGUUCAUCUCUAGGAGACAGAACGCGUCUCCUUCCUGAGUGGUAUGACGGCUGCGUGGUCCUAUGGUGUUUAUACUUGCGUACUAUUGUUUGUACAGAUGAACGUGGUACCUUCAGGCGUUUGAAAAUUGCUCCCAAUGAUGAACCAGACUUGUGGAAGUCUUGGCUGAUUUCUUUUCAUUUUCCCAUGAUGUCAAGCAAAGAAGCACUGAGUUUGAAGGUAGGCCUUGAAAUACAUCCACAGGUACACCUCCAAUUGACUCAAAUGAUGUCAAUUAGCCUAUCAGAAGCUUCUAAAGCCAUGACAUCAUUUUCUGGAAUUUUCCAAGCUGUUUAAAGGCACAGUCAACUUAGUGUAUGUAAACUUCUGACCCACUGGAAUUGUGAUACAGUGAAUUAUAAGUGAAAUAAUCUGUCUGUAAACAAUUGUUGGAAAAAUUACUUGUGUCAUGCACAAAGUAGAUGUCCUAACCGACUUGCCAAAACUAUUGUUUGUUAACAAGAAAUUUGUGGAGUGGUUGAAAAAUGAGUUUUAAUGACUCCAACCUAAGUGUUUGUAAACUUCCGACUUCAACUGUAUAUAUAUAUAUAAUAUUAUUAUUACUAUUAUUAUUAUUAUUUUAUAUAAUUGAAAUUUGUUGGACCCAGAGUUUUUCCCAGUCAGGUCUUGUAGUCAGGAAUAACCCAGAUCUAUAAGUAUACAAUAUUUACAGUGUGUAUCUCACGGCAUCAGCCUGAAAACAUACACUCUCCCACUCUGACAGCAAGCAGUGGUCUAAUGCCAACAGCAUGUACUGUGGGAGCAACUGCAAAUAAAGAGUGCCUCUUGUAAUUUAUUGCAGCAAAGCCUAGUGGACAAAGUGUCUCGCAGACAGCGAGUUGACAUGAGCCUGCUGUUUCUCAACAUCAAAGUCAGGCGGCCGCAGCUGGUCAGUGACUCACUGGAUGAGGUAAUACCAUCUCCCAUCUAAAUCUGGGCACAUUACACACAGACACACAAAAGCAUUACUUAAGAAGACAGCCCAACCCUGGUAGAGUGGCUUGAUAGCUAUUUCUGUUAUUGUGUUUUUGAAUCACACAAGAGCCAAUUAAUUUGCAGCAGUUGUUUCACUGUUUUCAAUGCAGUGCAUUUCAAAACUGAAACAUCCAAGAUAUGUACACUGCUCAAAAAAAUAAAGGGAAUACUUAAACAACACAAUGUAACUCCAAGUCAAUCACACUUCUGUGAAAUCAAACUGUCCACUUAGGAAGCAACACUGAUUGACAAUACAUUUCACAUGCUGUUGUGCAAAUGGAAUAGACAACAGGUGGAAAUUAUAGGCAAUUAGCAAGACAUCCCCAAUAAAGGACUGGUUUUGCAGGUGGUGACCACAGACCACUUCUCAGUUCCUAUGCUUCCUGGCUGAUGUUUUGGUCACUUUUGAAUGCUGGCGGUGCUUUCACUCUAGUGGUAGCAUGAGACAGAGUCUACAACCCACACAAGUGGCUCAGGUAGUGCAGCUCAUCCAGGAUGGCACAUCAAUGCGAGCUGUGGCAAGAAGGUUUGCUGUGUCUGUCAGUGUAGUGUCCAGAGCAUGGAGGCGCUACCAGGAGACAGGCCAGUACAUCAGGAGACGUGGAGGAGGCCGUAGGAGGGCAACAACCCAGCAGCAGGACUGCUACCUCCACCUUUAUGCAAGGAGGAGCAGGAGGAGCACUGCCAGAGCCCUGCAAAAUGACCUCCAGCAGGCCACAAAUGUGCAUGUGUCUGCUCAAACGGUCAGAAACAGACUCCAUGAGGGUGGUAUGAGGGCCCGACGUCCACAGGUGGGGGUUGUGCUUACAGCCCAACACCGUGCAGGACGUUUGGCAUUUGCCAGAGAACACCAAGAUUGGCAAAUUCACCACUGGCGCCCUGUGCUCUUCACAGAUGAAAGCAGGUUCACACUGUGGAGAACGUUCUGCUGCCUGCAACAUCCUCCAGCAUGACCGGUUUGGCGGUGGGUCAGUCAUGGUGUGGGGUGGCAUUUCUUUGGGGGGCCGCACAGCCCUCCAAGUGCUCGCCAGAGGUAUCCUGACUGCCAUUAGGUACCGAGAUGAGAUCCUCAGACCCCUUGUGAGACCAUAUGCUGGUGCGGUUGGCCCUGGGUUCCUCCUAAUGCAAGACAAUGCUAGACCUCAUGUGGCUGGAGUGUGUCAGCAGUUCCUGCAAGAGGAAGGCAUUGAUGCUAUGGACUGGCCCGCCCGUUCCCCAGACCUGAAUCCAAUUGAGCACAUCUGGGACAUCAUGUCUCGCUCCAUCCACCAAUGCCACGUUGCACCAAAGACUGUCCAGGAGUUGGCGGAUGCUUUAGUCCAGGUCUGGGAGGAGAUCCCUCAGGAGACCAUCUGCCACCUCAUCAGGAGCAUGCCCAGGCGUUGUAGGGAGGUCAUACAGGCACGUGGAGGCCACACACACGUCAUUUUGACUUGUUUUAAGGACAUUACAUCAAAGUUGGAUCAGCCUGUAGUGUGGUUUUCCACUUUAAUUUUGAGGGUGACUCCAAAUCCAGACCUCCAUGGGUUGAUACAUUUGAUUUCCAUUGAUAAUUUUUGUGUGAUUUUGUUGUCAGCACAUUCAACUAUGUAAAGAAACAAGUAUUUAAUAAGAUUAUUUCAUUAAUUCAGAUCUAGGAUGUGUUAUUUUAGUGUUCCCUUUAUUCUUUUGAGCAGUGUAUAAGUUAAGACAUGCAGCAUGCCUAGGUCUGAUGAGUUCAAGAAAGUUGGCCACAGCUUAACUUGUUCUCUUGCUUUUAGCUUGCUAGAAACCGUGCAGACUUGAAGAAGAAGCUGAAAGUGACGUUUGUGGGGGAGGCUGGUUUAGACAUGGGCGGUCUGACCAAGGAGUGGUUUCUCCUUCUCAUCCGACAGAUCUUUCAUACAGACUACGGUGAGACAUAUGGGACAAACAGAUCAGGCAUAUGUGUUGCUCUGAGCCAUAGAGAUACAGAUGUUACAGCUGUUUUGUUUGCAACAAUAAUAUGUUUCUCCAUAGAUAACAGUAUAAGAUUAUGGGAGUUACUUCUCCUUUAGCCCUAGCUCUCUAUAUCUCAUCCUAAAGUUUCAACAAGUACCCAGACUAAGAAUGUUGACCUAGCCAUAAAUUAAGAAAAAAACUCAAACGUGUUCAUGUUCUGGGCCAUAUAGCACUGCAAUAAUAGAUAACCAUUCAAUUACAGUAACUCCCAUUUAGUCUGGGACCUAGCAGUCCAAAAAGGAAAUUCCCAUGUACUCUAUUCUGGGCCGGAGUUGUGUUUAAGCAGAGUUUAUUUGUGUCUACUCUCUGAAGGCAUGUUUACAUUCUUCAAGGAUUCCCACUGUCACUGGUUCAGCAGCUGGAAGUGUGACAACUACUCUGAGUUCCGAUUGGUCGGAGCCGUAUCCUUUUGUACAAUACCGUGAUUUAUGGUACCAUGUAGCCUGUGGUGAACUGGAAACAGAUUCUCAACGUACAGCAGCAGUCCUCAUGUUGUACCCUUUAACUGGUGCCUGGAGUUUUAGUCAGGUCACAUAGCACAACCAAAUAACUUGGAUUGCAGUUAGUUGAGAUUACAUUAAAGUACAUGGUGCAAGUGAUCAAUGCCGUUUGAGAUUUUGUGCAGAUUAUUAUAGCAAUUGUAAAUAUUUCCACAGACCUGAGACCCUGAAUGCUUUCUAUGAUUACAUAAGAAUACAUUUAUUGUUACAGGAACCUCAAAAUGUGGCCAUGGAUGUGUUACUCAUUUUAAGGUUGAAAUACUGUUAUAUUAGUUUGUAAGAUAGCCUUAACAUUAGGCUAUUUACUGUCUUAUAAAAGUAAUAUUGAAUUGUGUUUGGUUGACAACGCAACCAAAUAUCAACAUUUAAAGGAGUUGUACGGUAUCUGCUGCAUGGAUAGUUCCAUCUGAGCCACUGGCUUAAUCCUAUUCUUUAACAUCUCAACCAAAAAUAAAAGUUAAAGAAUAUAAUUAAAUCAAAUCAAACUGUAUUAAACAUUUGCUUUGAUUUGAUUUAGUCCUAUUCUUUAACAUAGAUUUUUGAUUGAGAUGGAGACGUGAAUCCAACAUAUAAUUUGUUAACUUGUCGACAAGUUAAUAGGUUAUUUACCGUAUUGCAAAAGUGAUAUGGAAUUGUGUUUGGUUGUCAACUCAACUAAAUAUCAACUUUUGAAGGAGAUAUAUCUUCUGCUUGGAUAGCUCCAUCUGUGCCACUGAGUCUGGCUUUAAUUCCAGUCUGUCUACAAAUUAAUAAUUUAUAUUUUGGAUUCACGUCUCCAUUUCAACCAAAAAGCGAAGUUAAAGAAUAGGACUAAAUCAAAUCAAAGCAAACUUUAAACAGUUUGAUUUGAUUUAAUUAUAUUCUUUAACUUACAUUUUUGGUUGAGAUGGAGACGUGAAUCCAACAUAUUUAUUAUUAACUUGUAGAUUCCAUUUGAAAGGCCUAAAUAGCAUCAUUGAUGAUAUAUGAUUGAUAAAGUAUGGUUACAUUUAAUUUGCUCUGUUGAACCUACCCUUUGGAAUGACUUCGAUAGCAACAGUGAAUCUAUUAAGCAGAGAUUUCUCAAAAAUCUUUCUCAUGAUAGUACAUUGUUAAUAGUCAGUGACAAAUAUCAAAGCUAAGCAGCGCUGGGCUUGGUUAUAACCCUGGAUGGGAGACCAAAUUAAUAGAUGUAGAUAGAUCAACUCUCCAGUAGUAGGUGAAGAUCUGACGUUUCAAAUGUACAAAUUCAACAUAUUUUAUACAAGGUUUGUCUAUGUUGAAAAUUGGUUAUGAUGACAUAAUCCUGUGGUUGAAAUUUUACCCUCAAAACAACAGUUUACUACGUUGAUGACUUUUUUUGAAUCCAAUGUAUUUUCCACGUAGAUUCCACAUCACAAUACGUUGACAAAUUACAAUGAAACAACAUUAAUUUAACCAUUUUGUUCCCAGUGGGUAGUUACAGUGCAUUCGGAAAGUAUUCAGACCCCUUCCCUUUUUCCACAUUUUGUUACGUUACAGCCUUAUUCUAAAAUUGAUUAAAUAAAAACAUUUCCUCAUUAAUCUACAAACAAUAGCCCAUAAUAACAAAGCGAAAACUGGUUUUUAGAACAUUUUGCAAAAACAGAAAUACCUUAUUUACAUAACUAUUCAGACCCUUUGCUAUGAGACUCGAAAUUGAGCUAAGGUGCAUCCUGUUUCCAUUGAUCAUCCUUGAGAUGUUUCUACAACUUGAUUGGAGUCCACCUGUGGUAAAUUCAAUUGUUUGGACAUGAUUUGGAAAGGCACACACCUGUCUAUAUAAGCUCCCACAGUUGACAGUGCAUGUCAGAGCAAAAACCAAGCCAUGAGGUCGAAGGAAUUGUCCGUAGAGCUCCGAGACAGGGUUGUGUCGAGGCACAGAUCUUGGGGAAGGGUAACAAAACAUUUCUGCAGCAUUGAAGGUCCCCAAGAAUGCAGUGGCCUCCAUCAUUCUUAAAUGGAAGAAGUUUGGAACCACCAAGACUCUUCCUAGAGUUGGCCACCCGGCCAAACUGAGCAAUCGGGGGAGAAGGGCCUUGGUCAGGGAGGUGACCAAGAACCCGAUGGUCACUCCUCAGUAAAAGGCACAUGACAGCCCGCUUGGAGUUUGCCAAAAGGCACCUAAAUGACUCUCAGACCAAGAGAAACAAGAUUCUCUGAUCUGAUGAAACCAAGGUUGAACUCUUUGGCCUGAAUGUCAAGCGUCACGUCUGGAGGAAACCUGGCACCAUACCUACGGUGAAGCAUGGUGGUGGCAGCAUCAUGCUGUGGAGAUGUUUUUCAGCGGCAGGGACUGGGAGUCUAGUCAGGAUCGAGGGAAAGAUGAACGGAGCAAAGUACAGAGAGAUCCAGAGCGCCCAGGACCUCAGACUGGGGCGAAGGUUCACUUUCCAACAGGACAACGACCGUAAGGACACAGCCAAGACAACGCAGGAGUGGCUUCGGGACAAGUCUCUGAAUGUCCUUGAGUGGCCCAGCCAGAGCCCGGACUUGAACCUGAUCUAACAUCUCUGGAGAGACCUGAGAAUAGCUGUGCAGCGACGCUCCCCAUUCAACCUGACAGAGCUUGAGAGGAUCUGCAGAGAAGAAUGGGAGAAACUCCCCAAAUACAGGGGUGCCAAGCUUGUAGCGUCAUACCCAAGAAGACUCGAAGGCUGUAUUCGCUGCCAAAGGUGCUUCAACAAAGUACUGGGUACACUGAAGUAGCUAUGUGUCUCUAUCUGAAGCGAAAACCACAGGGAGGGCAGGGUGACGAAAAAUGGCGUGGCACAACGGAGCAAGAGACAAAGAGAGAAAUGGUAAUAGAAACGGAAGGUUUUGUUGUCUUAUUUUGUGAGCUGCAGGUCUGGAGCGGACUGCGUUUCAUCCUCUGCCUGUCAGUUCUCAUGGAAUUUUCCCCAAGCCUUCGCCAAUAUAACUUUAAGCAUUUUUCCAAACUCUAUUUAUCUAUUUAGCAAGCUAGGGAGCUCAUAGAGAGAGCGAGAGAGCUCUGCAGCUCAGCCUCUCCCACAGAAGUUCCAUAUGGACGACACGUGGAGUAAGAUCUGCCAAAAGCAGCUGGUAGCACUUUAGGAGUUCAGGCUCCCUCCAAUUUCAUUCUAAAUGCAUAAUACACCUACUGUUUAUAUUCCCUGUUCAGAUCUGCUACAAGCCAAUAUACAGUACAUGGCAAAAUGCAGUGAUAAUAGAGUAAUGAUUGGGAUCAUUAACACAUGCUGCAGGGUCUGUGAAGCUGAUAUAAAAUGCUGUCAUUGUUACGAAGUAUGGAGAGCUCAGAAGCAGAAUACUGUAGCAAUGAUGUGAAAAGGUUUUCAUCUGAAUGCUAUGCUACAUUAAAUGAAUAUAACUAACCACAUUUUAAUCUGUUCUUCUAGUGGUGUAUAUGAUUAUAACCGUGAGUUAUUUGGUGUUUAAGAUACUUGCUUUCUAUUGUAAAGGAUCUGCUGCUUUCUAUACAGACUUUGUUACACACUUAACUGUAUGUGUGUCAGCUCAUGGGCCUGGCCGUGUACAACAGCAUCACCCUGGACAUCCGCUUCCCCCCCUGUGUCUACAAGAAGCUGCUGACCCCGCCCGUGGUGCCGUGUGACCCCGAUACCCCCGUUGGCAUGGCGACCCUCACCCUGGACGACCUGCAGCAGGUCAUGCCUGUAUGUACACAACACAAGCUAUGACUCAGCUGUCUUAGUUACCCUCUCUCACUGGCAUUCUUUCCAAUUACACUGCACUCUUCUUGUAAGGAUCACAAGUACAAGAAUAUUGCUUGCAGUGGUCAAAAACCAUGGGAAAGUAACAUUUUUGUACUUGCAAAGUACUCCGCUUUUCAAUUAUAAUAAUUUAUACAAUCAAAUUAAUGGAUGUGAUGCUUAUGAGAGGACUGCCCUGUUUUAGAAAGGUUAACAUUGUCUCUGAAGGGUAUAGUGUUGAUCGGUAUAUGAAUAUGGCUGGUUGAAUCAAUGUUGUUUCCACUUAGUUUUCAAUGAAAUGACGUUGAACCAACGUGGAAUAAACGUUCAAUUGAUGUCUGUACCUAGUGGGGGAUGUAUGGUUGCUAGACUAAGAUGUUAUAUAGACUGUGUUAGAAUUAACUGCAAUAUGCUAUUGUUCCUACUUAUAGCUAAAUGUACAGGAAUACAUGCAAUAAACAUAAAUAAUGUACUUCUAAUUAUGGGAGUCAUAGUGCAUACAUUGCACUAUUGAUGCAUGGGAUCUAAGGAAAUGCUUGUGCGUCACAGGAGUGUGAAAUAAUCAACCAGGUUCACACUCCAUACAGUCCCAGAGUCUCACCCUGCCACCAGUCUAAUUAUAACAGUAUGGCUGCAGCCAAGGUGAGAUGGCACUGAGCUGCAGCUGCAGCUAGGUCUCAGAGGUGUCAUUACUCCCAUCAUCACCUCAGACACACCAGUGAUAGAUCCCUGCCCAUAGAUGUCACACAUAGCAGCCCAACACUGCUUAUUAAGAUCUCCUGGUGAAGGCAGCUUUUUUAUUGAACAGGAAGAUUCAAGGAUGCCAGGCUAGCUGUAGUUUGUUACCUGUCUAGGAGGAGAGAUGGAGAGGAGAGAUACAGUUCACGUGACAUAACAUGCUUUUCUUUAUCUUUUUUGAUGAACUGCAAAUUAAUAUUCUGCAAUUGCCGUCAAAGUUAUGCUUUGUUGAUAUAAUAUUUCCUUAUAUCAUCCUGUAGUUCCUCAUAUGUUGAUUUUUCAUUUGCUAGUCAGUGAUUGACAUUUUCCAAUAUUCACCAGCAGAGGGCUGUUAAGCCUAACUUUUGCACAUCGCCACUUGCAUGUUUGAACUCUACAAAUUCAAAAGAACAAACCAAAUGUAUGUUAAUCAUAUAAAAAUGCUUUAUGCACAUACAAUACAUUACUGUCACUAAGACUAGUAUUUACCUGCUUUUGGUGUAAUUGUAUAGCUUUUUAUGCAGUAUGCAUCUCAUUGCGCUGCGUUUUGUCGAGUCAGCCUUGCUGAGGCCAGAUGUUGUUUUUUACUGGGCAGUUGGCCUUCUCUUUGCUUACAUAACAGCCUCUGGGAGUUUAUUUGGUCCCUGUUGAAUACUUUUUCCUAAAUUGGUGGAGGACAGGGAAAAAGCUACUGCAACUCUUUAAAAAGACAUGCCAGUAGUGCCCAGCACUGACGUCAAACACAUGCAAUUGUUCUUCAAAUGAUUUUGCAUUGUAAAAUGUACUUAAUUUGAUGAGGUAUGGAUUGGAAAAGCAUAAUCGCAGUGAUGUCAUGUACAAUACAUAUAGCAUACAAUGGUUAUUUUGUUUCCUCAAUACGUUUCCUAGAUUGUGUAGUGGCAAAGGCUUUACAUGAUUUUCUUGUUGUUUUGUGUUACAAUGCCAUUACAGUAAUUCAGUAAAGAAAAGUCAGUCAUUAGAUGUCAAUAAUAAAAUGAAGUCAGAUUUUCCUCCAUAAAACAUUCUAUGAACAUAGUGUAAUGUGCUGUAUAGACGUUCCCACCUUGGCACUUUUUCUAUUAGUCCUUCACAGAUUUAGAAGAAGACAUAUACCUCAUAAAUAUUGGUUGCAAUCUAUAUAAAAAGCAAUGCUUAUAGAUUUGGUCUUGUGUUUCAGGAUCUUGCUCAUGGGCUGGCAGAACUUCUCAGCUAUGAAGGCAACGUGGAGGAGGACUUCUGCACAACUUUUCAGGUUGGGAAAACACACUCAUUCUUGUUCACAAUAACACUUUUGAAACAUAAUAUCUUUGACGUCACCAUAAUACAUACUGUCACAGCACAAGGGAAGUGCUCCACUAAUGUGAUGAUCAUUUUAGGUGUCGCAGGAAGAACUAGGUGUGAUGAAGUCCUACAAUCUGAAACCAGGAGGAGAUAAGAUUCCUGUCACCAACCAGAACAGGAAGGGUAAGUGAGGAGUAGACAGACUGCCAAAGACCAGAGAAAAGACAACUGUCCUGCAGUAGCAUGUGAUAUCUAACAGUACACUGUACACUGCCUUUCAGACUAUGUGGCAUUUGUUUGUUCUCUCAUAGUUGAAUGAUUGUUUGAUUAUUCUUGUCUUUGCAGAGUAUGUCCAGCUGUACAUAGAUUUCCUGCUGAAUAAGUCCAUUUACAGGCAGUUUGCUGCCUUCUACUAUGGCUUCCACAGUGUGUGUGCCUCCGACGCUUUGAUGGUAAGAAUGUCAAGACUUUUACUGUCAAAAUGAAUGAAUAAAUUAGUUCUAAUUGGUGUGACCAACUGUAGAAAAACAUUAUGAAUUCCAACUGUCAUUAUAGGUUUUUGGAAUACAGUAUAUCACUAUCACUGAGAAAGUGAGAGGACAUCAUUUAUUGUGCUGCAGUUCAGUGCCAGCUGGUCCUGUUUGAAGUGUCAGGAGCCGAUAGUUUAGUCAACUCUUGUAGAAAGUUCCUGAUUAGGCAACAUAGGGAGUGUGAGGCCCAGAGAGGCAACGAGGAGUGCAGGAUUUGAACCUCAGCUGUGUGUGCACGUGUGAUGUGUGUGUGUGUGUGUACACACACACAACUGUGAGUGCAUGCAUGUGUGUGAGUGAGUCUACUGUUCCUCGCUGCCUGUUCACAGGAGCUCCCCACCCCCUCUCUUGGCACAGGCCUCCUAACGGGGGUGUUGUGUGUGUGCUCUGUCUCCACUCAGUGACCAGAGCUCUUUGGGCCAAAAGGGGGAGGCUCGUAUGAGUGGCCUAUAUAAAGAGUACGUAGGGAACCACAGUGGCAGGGUUGACAUACACCAUGAAUAUCAAUCAGACAGACCACAAAGCUGCUGUAUUGAUGCAGAACCAGCCCAGCUUUAGGGUUAGAUUUGCAUGGUUUAACAUGGGAGGAGCUGGAUCACUCUGGUCGUUGUCAGUUGGUUUCCCAAUAGUUCCUUAACUGUUGCUAGACUCUGUGAGCCCUGUGAGUAUCCUCACUGAUCUGCUGACAGAAACCUAUCAACGUACUGUGUAACUAGCAAGGAGUGAAAUAUAUACAGGUAACUGACAAAAUAAAGGAAACACCAACAUAAAGUGUCUUAAUAGGGCAUUGGGCCACCACGAGCCAGAACAGCUUCAAUGUACCUUGGCAUAGAUUCUACAAGUGUUUGGAACUCUAUUGGAGGAAUGAGACACCGUUCUUCCAUGAGAAAUUCCAUCAUUUGUUGUUUUGUUGAUGGUAGUGAAAAACGCUGUCUCUGGCGCCGCGCCAGAAUUUCCCAUAAGUGUUCAAUUGGGAUGAGAUCUAGUGACUGAGACAGCCAUGGCAUAUGGUUUAAACCUUUUUAAUGCUCAUCAAACCAUUCAGUGAUCACUCGUGUCCUGUGGAUGGGGGCAUUGUCAUCGUAUGGGGGCUCAGCCAUGGUAGCCAAAAUAAUGGCCUGCCCAGCAUUUCUAUUCAUAACCCUAAGCAUGAUGGGAUGUUAAUUGCUUAAUUAACUCAGGAACCAGACCUGUGUGGAAGUACCUGCUAUCGAUAUACUUUGUAUCCCUCAUUUACUCAAGUGUUUCCAUUAUUGGCAAUAUACAUCCAGACUUUUGCCACCUAGGAAAUGUGUGUGAAUGGACCCUUUCAAAUAGUAUUUCAGUACCCCUGGAGUAAUCAAUCAAUUAGAAUCAAUUAAAAUGGACAAGAUUAAAAUAGACUAGGGUACUGCAAUUAACUGUGCAGUGAACUGUCAGAUGAGCUGACAGCAGUGAGCUCAGGGAUGAACAUUUCCCUCAUUGUUUUAUUGCUGUCAUUAGUAUCUGUCUGGACAAGGAUUAUGCUGCACCAGCAAAAACAAAUAUUUUACUGUUCAAUUAUCUGUUUGGUGUACGUGUCAGUGAAUGCCAGAGUUGGUAUUUACUGUACACCACAACCUAACCAACCCCACCACAAACCACAGUUAAACAUUAAUUAUCCUAAAUGCUUUUCCCUUUGCAGCAAGUUUAGCAUGCUGAUUCCAUCCAUUUUGGAUACUGUAGAUAGAAAAGAAACACAAAAAUAGAAACCAGCAAUAUCAUUUUCAACAGCAUACAAUACAAUAUAAUUUGUCACGAUGACUAAACUGAAUGGGGUCUCCAAUUACAAAUUGCCCUGAGCUUUUUCUUUUUGCCUUGAGACUAAAACAGAAAUCCCUGUGUCAAUCUACUUUAUAUGGUCUUCUCAGCUUUUGUUGCACCAGCACUAACAUAUAAUUUUGCCAGUAGUUACAGUGGGGAGAACAAGUAUUUGAUACACUGCCGAUUUUGCAGGUUUUCCUACUUACAAAGCAUGUAGAGGUCUGUCAUUUUUAUCUUAGGUACACUUCAACUGUGAGAGACGGAAUCUAAAACAAAAAUCCAGAAAAUCACAUUGUAUGAUUUUUAAGUAAUUCAUUUGCAUUGUAUUGCAUGACAUAAGUAUUUGAUCACCUACCAACCAGAAAGAAUUCCGGCUCUCACAGACCUGUUAGUUUUUCUUUAAGAAGCCCUCCUGUUCUCCACUCAUUACCUGUAUUAACUGCACCUGUUUGAACUCGUUACCUGUAUAACAGACACCUGUCCACACACUCAAUCAAACAGACUCCAACCUCUCCACAAUGGCCAAGACCAGAGCGCUGUGUAAGGACAUCAGUGUUAAAAUUGUAGACCUGCACAAGGCUGGGAUGGGCUACAGGACAAUAGGCAAGCAGCUUGGUGAGAAGGCAACAACUGUUGGCGCAAUUAUUAGAAAAUGGAAGAAGUUCAAGAUGACGGUCAAUCACCCUCAGUCUGGGGCUCCAUGCAAGAUCUCACCUCGUAGGGCAUCGAUGAUCAUGAGGAAGGUGAGGGAUCAGCCCAGAACUACACGGCAGGACCUGGUCAAUGACCUGAAGAGAGCUGGGACCACAGUCUCAAAGAAAACCAUUAGUAACACACUACGCCGUCAUGGAUUAAAAUCCUGAAGCGCACGCAAGGUCCCCCUGCUCAAGCCAGCGCAUGUCCAGGCCCGUCUGAAGUUUGCCAAUGACCAUCUGGAUGAUCCAGAGGAGGAAUGGGAGAAGGUCAUGUGGUCUGAUGAGACAAAAAUAGAGCUUUUUGGUCUAAACUCCACUCGCCGUGUUUGGAGGAAGAAGAAGGAUGAGUACAACCCUAGAACACCAUCCCAACCGUGAAGCAUGGAGGUGGAAAAAUCAUUCUUUGGGGAUGCUUUUCUGCAAAGGGGACAGGACGACUGCACCGUAUUGAUGGGAGGAUGGAAGGGGCCAUGUAUCGCGAGAUCUUGGCCAACAACCUCCUUCCCUCAGUAAGAGCAUUGAAGAUGGGCCGUGGCUGGGUCUUCCAGCAUGACAACGACCCGAUACACACAGCCAGGGCAACUAAGGAGUGGCUCCGUAAGAAGCAUCUCAAGGUCCUGGAGUGGCCUAGCCAGUCUCCAGACCUGAACCCAAUAGAAAAUCUUUGGAGGGAGCUGAAAGUCCGUAUUGCCCAGCGACAGCCCCGAAACCUGAAGGAUCUGGAGAAGGUCUGUAUGGAGGAGUGGGCUAAAAUCCCUGCUGCAGUGUGUGCAAACCUGGUCAAGACCUACAGGAAACGUAUGAUCUCUGUAAUUGCAAACAAAGGUUUCUGUACCAAAUAUUAAGUUAUGCUUUUCUGAUGUAUCAAAUACUUAUGUCAUGCAAUAAAAUGCAAAUGAAUUACUUAAAAAUCAUACAAUGUGAUUUUCUGGAUUUUCUCUCACAGUUGAAGUGUACCUAUGAUAAAAAUUACAGACCUCUACAUGCUUUGUAAGUAGGAAAACCUGCAAAAUCGGCAGUGUAUCAAAUACUUGUUCUCCCCACUGUAGAUAUGUGCAGACCUGGUUCUAUUUUUAGUUCUAGUAGUGCUAUCUACAAAUGUAGGAUCUACAUUUGAUCAACCUGUUGCAGGAGAACUUUCCUGCAAUGCAGGACAUUUAAAAACUUGAAGUGUAUUUGAGGUUUAAAAAGGCAUCUGAAGUUUAUAAUUUCCACUUAAAAAUGUCAGACUUGAUUUUCCAUUACAAAAAAUGUAUCAACCCCUACAAACAUAUCCAUAAAUUAUCAUCCACAUAAUAAUUCACAUUUCCUGUUGCUGCAGGAUUAUUUUGCUGCUGUAGCAAACUGGCUCAAAUUAAGAUCCUACAUCUGUAUUAGUCCACUCAGUUCUUGCAAAUCGGGAGAUUUUCCCUCUUUGCUUUCCAAGGCAGUGUUUUCUCAUAUAAACAGGCUCAUACUAUACAUGUAUGUUCAUGCUGGUCAAUGAUAGUGUGACAGUGGGAUGGAAACAUGUAAUGUACAUGUAGGAAAAGUCAGCUAUAGCCCACCACAUGGCCCCACGACAGCGAAAGCAAUCGACUUUCAAACCAGCCCAUUGUGACAGUUAUGCAACAGUUGUCUACCCUCUCAUUGGUUAUGCAACGCUGCUGUGACAGUUAUAACUCACUGGCUGCCUGGUGGGGUGAGGGAAGAGGGGGUGUGGCAGACAAGGUUUGGAUCGUCCCAGAUUCUUCUGUAACUCUAUAUCCCAGCUGGAUCUUGCCGUUGGCUUGGCUUGCUCUAGCUAGUCACCAGGUUGUAUUUCUGUUUGCACUCCGUGCACUGCCUGACACAGCCGUCUGGGUGUGUUUUGAUAAGGUGGAGUCACGGAUGUGAAGAGUGCAUGGGAGUGAAAGUGGUCAAGGACAGAGUGAUACAGAGAAAAUAUGCAACUAUGUCAAAUAGGGUUUGCAAAAUGAGGACCAAUGUAUCAAGUUAGCAACAGAUUGGAUACUGUAUCUGAUAAAUACAGUUUAGACAGUGUGUGACACGAUGAACCAUGCAUAUGGCACUCUGAUCAUGCACCCCAUGCCCUUACUGUUUAAGUAAACAUUUUUGUGCAGCACUGGUGCAAUGAACAGGGAUUCAUGAUUCAGACUACCAUGGUAGUAACUAAUUGUCUUGUGUCAUGCAGUAGGUUAGUUUUAAAGGGCAACUGCACUUCCUGAUUUGGCCUCGUUUUAUAUUUGGUUCAUUAAUAAGAAAAGCUAGCAAUUAGUUUCAGGCAACUGUGGCAAAGUUGGUUUGACUUUGGAUAGCCUAGCUCUGGGGCUAGUUAGGGACCGUCAAUAAAUUACACAAUGUAAAUGAGACAAUAUUUUCAUGUUGCACACCUUUUAGUUUUCUCAUGAAUUGCUUUCAAUAUUUGUAUAUGAAUUUCUACAAUUUAUAGUUGGUUUGAGGUUUUUAAGUCAUUGAAAUGUGGAGCUAUUGGAUUUUUUAAACAUAUUUUCCAUUUACAUUGUAUAAUUUUACAGAUGGUCCCUAACCAGCCCUAUAGGGAUAUCCAAAGUCAACCCAAAUUGACCACAAGCAUUACGAUCAGGUCGCGUGCAGCUGUACUCCGAAUUGAUGAUUACUUGUGUGCUGCCAGCUGUGGGCAUGUGGGCAGAAUUUAAACCAAACUCAACUUUCAAACUCAACUUUCAUUUACGCUCGUCCAAAACGAGAGUGACUUUAUGACCAGAAUUAUCCUAUUUACACUUUGUAGUCAAUUUUGACAGUAGAAUAACUCUUUCUGACUCAUAUUGAUGCCAACCAGGCUGUUUUGUAAAUGAGAAGUUGGUUUUAAGGGGCAGUUGCUCUUUAAUGGACAAAAUCCCAUCCCACUGGGCACACACUAGUUGAAUCAAAGUUGUUUCCACAUCAUUUCAAUGAAAUGAUGUUGAACCAACGUGGAAUAGACAUUGAAUUGACGUCUGUGCCAAGUAGGAUGGUAGUGACUGGUUGUCUUGUGAAAUCCUGUAGUUUCACUGGAAUCCCAUGUGUCCUGUAGUUUCAUAUCCUGUAGUUUUACUUGUCAGACUACCAUGAUAUUGACUCCUUGUCUUGUCCCUCUUGUUGUAGUUGUUGAGGCCAGAGGAGGUGGAGAUCCUGGUGUGUGGCAGUCCCAACCUGGACAUGAACACUCUGCAGAAGGCAGCACAGUACGAAGGCUAUAGCAAGGCUGAUCCCACCAUCAGGUACUGUAAACCCAUCAUCAUGUCAUUCAUUUUGUAAAAAGGGCCUGAUUUCUCAUAGAUAUUAAAGUAAUAAUCCUGAGUUUCUAAAUGACCAUUGAAGAGCAGGAAAUACCCGAGAUGGUGCAUUUAAAGCAGGGAUGGACAAUGUUGAUGGGGGCCACAAAAAAUCUGAGGGGCCGCAGUUGCUCGCGGGUCUACAUUCCCACAUCCAUACCAACCCCCCCCCCCCCCCCCCACACACACUGUAUAUAUAUAUAUAUAUAUAUAUAUAUAUAUAUAUAUAUAUAUAUAUAGUGCCUUCGGAAAGUAUUCAGACCCCUUGACUUUUUCCACAUUUUGUUACAUUACAGCCUUACUCUAAAAUGGAUGAAAAAAUAAUAAUCCUCAGCAAUCUACACACAAUACCCCAUAAUGACAAAGCGAAAACUGGUUUUUAGACUACAGAAAUAUUUAUUUACAUAAGUAUUCAGCCACUUUACUAUGAGACUCGAAAUUGAGCUCAGGUGCAUCCUGUUUCCAUUGAUCAUCCUUGAGAUGUUUCUACAACUUGAUUGGAGUCCACCAGUGGUAAAUUCAAUUGAUUGGACAUUAUUUGGAAAGGCACACACCUGUCUAUAUAAGGUCCCACAGUGCAUGUCAGAGCAAAAACCAAGCCAUGAGGUCGAAGGAAUUGUCCGUAGAGCUCCGAGACAGGAUUGUGUCGAGGCACAGAUCUUGGGAAGGGUACCAAAAAAUUUCUGCAGCAUUGAAGGUCCCCAAGAACACAGUGGCCUCCAUCAUUCUUAAAUGGAAGAUGUUUGGUACCACCAAGACUCUUCCUAGAGCUGGCCGCCCGGCCAAACUGAGCAAUCGGGGGAGAAUGGACUUGGUCAGGGAGGUGACCAAGAACCUGAUGGUCACUCUGACAGAGCUCUAGAGUUCCUCUGUGGAGAUGGGAGAAACUUCCAGAGGGACGACCAUCUCUGCAGCACUCCACCAAUCAAUCCUUUAUGGUAGAGUGGCCAGAUGGAAGCCACUCCUCAAUAAAAGGCACAUGAUAGCCCGUUGGAGUUUGCCAAAAGGCAGCUAAAGACUCUCAGACCAUGAGAAACAAGAUUCUCUGUUCUGAUUAAACCAAGAUUGAACUCUUUCGCCUGAAUGCCAAGCGUCACGCCUGGAGGAAACCUGGCACUAUCCCUACGGUGAAGCAUGGUGGUGGCAGCAUCAUGCUGUGGGGAUGUUUUUCAGCGGCAGGGACUGUGAGACUAGUCAGGAUCGAGGCAAAGAUGAACGGCGCAAAGUACAGAGAGAUGUAGUCUCUGAAUGUUCUUGAGUGGCCCAGCCAGAGCCCGGACUUGAACCCGAUCGAACAUCUCUGGAGAGACCUGAAAAUAGCUGUGCAGCAACGCUCCCCAUCCAACCUGACAGAGCUUGAGAGGAUCUUCAGAGAAGAAUGGGAGAAACUCCACAAAUAAAGGUGUGCCAAGCUUGUAGUGUCAUACCCAAGAAGACUCGAUGCUGUAAUCGCUGCCAAAGGUGCUUCAACAAAGUACUGAGUAAAGGGUCUGAAAUACUUAUGUAAAUGUGAUAUUACCAUUUCUAAAAACGUGUUUUUGCUUUCUCUUUAUGGGGUAUUGUCUGUGGAUUGAUGAGGGGAAAAAAACAUUUGAUCCAUUUUAGAAUAAGGCUGUAACGUAACAACAGGUGGAAAAAGUCAAGGGGUCUGAAUAGUUUCCGAAGGCACUGUAUAUAUAUUAACAAAAAAAUAUAUGGGGGAUUGGAAAUGAUGCAGCCAAUUACAUUGAUGGACGCUACAAUCUAUCUGCAGUAUUAAAGCUGAUCUACCCCCUCCCCCCUCCCCAAAACGAUUUUACUGAGUUACAGUUCAUAUAAGCAAAUCAGUCAAUUGAAAUAAAUUAAUGAGGCCUUAAUCUAUGGAUUUCACAUGACUGGGCAGGGGCGCCGCCAUGGGUGGGCCUGGGAGGGCAUAGGCCCUCCCAUUUGGGAGCCAGGCCCACCCACUGGGAACCAGGCCCAGCCAAUCAGAAUUAGUUUUUCCACACAAAAGGGCUUUAUUACAGACAGAAAUACUCCUCAGUUUCAUCAGCUGUCCAGGUGGCUGGUGUCAGACGAAUGUGGAGGUCCUGGGCUGGCGUGGUUACAUGUGGUCUGCGGUUGUGAGGCUGGUUAGACGUACUGUCAAAUCCUCUACAAUGCCAUUGGAGGUGGCUUAUGGUAUAGAAAUUAACAUUCAGUUCUCUGGCAACAGCUCUGGUGGACAUUCCUGCAGUCAGCAUGCCAAUUGCACACUCCCUCAAAACUUGAGACAUCUGUGGCAUUGUGUGGUAUGACAAAACUGCACAUUUUAGUGUGGCCUUUUAUUGUCCUCAGCACAAGGUGCACCUGUGUAAUGAUCAUGCUGUUUAAUCAGCUUCUUGAUAUGCCACACCUGUCAGGUGGAUAUGGCAAAGGAGAAAUGCUCACUAACAGCGAUUUAAACACAUUUGUGCACAAAAUAGAGAGAGAGAGAGAAAUAAGUUUUUGUGCAUAUGGAACAUUUAUAGGAUCUUCUAUUUAAACUCAUGAAACAUGGGACCAACACUUUACAUGUUGUGUUUAUAUUUUUGUUCAGUAUACAGUACCAGUCAAAAUGUUAGACACACCUACUCAUUCAAGGGUUUUUACCAAUCUACCAAUAGGUGCCCUUCUUUGCGAGGCAUUUGAAAACCUCCCUGGUCUUUGUGGUUGAAUAUGUGUUAGAAAUUCACUGCUCGAUUGAAGGACCUUAAAGAUAAUUGUAUGUGUGGGGUACAGCAAUGAGGCAGUCAUUCAAAAAUCAUGUUAAACACUAUUUCCAUGCAAUGUAUUAUGUGACUUGUUAAGAACGUUUUUACUCCUGAACAUAUUUAGGGGUGCCAUAACAAAGGGGUUGAAUACUUAUUGACUCAAGACAUUUCAGCUUUUCGUUUUUAAUUAAUUAGUUUAAAAAAAAAUGGAAAACAUAAUUCCACCUUGACAUUAUGGUGUAUUGUGUAUAGGCCAGUGACAAAAACAUCUCAAUUUAAUCCUUUUUAAAUUCAGGCUGUAGCGCAACAAAAUGUGGAAAAAGUCAAGGGGUGAGAAUACUUUCUGAAGGCACUAUAGAUAGAUAGAUAGAUAGAUAGAUAUUUUUUGGGGGGGCGGGGGGGGAUUGAUCUGAGGGCCUUCAAAAGGAGGGCCGCCAGUUGCCCAUCCCUGAUUCAAAUUAAUAAUAGUUGUGCCUAACCCUAAAGUAAUGCACCUAAUGAGUUCAAUUGUCUGUCUCUGUGGUCAGGGCAUUCUGGGACGUGGUGCUGGCCUUCCCUCUGGAGCUCCAGAAGAAGCUGCUACAUUUCUCAACAGGAAGUGACCGCGUCCCCGUGGGAGGAAUGGCCGACCUCAACUUCAAGAUCUCCAAGAUUGAUGCAUCCACCGACUGGUGAGAUACUGCAGAUGUCCUCAGUGUUCUUUCUUAUUCAUUUUAAACAUGUUGAAAAAAGAAGACCCUUUAAUCAGUUGCUAUUGUCCCAUUUGAUUUAGACAGAACAGCAACUGUGAACAAAUGUGAAUUUAUCAUUUACCUUUUCUUCCUCUCCAGGUUGCCUAUAUCUCACACUUGUUUCAACCAGAUCUGCCUGCCACCAUACAAAAAUAAAAAAGAACUGAAGCAGAAGUUAACUAUUGCCAUUUCAAACGCAGAGGGGUUUGGACUGGAGUGAACUCUGAUCUACAAACCACAAUGGUGAAAUUGUAAUUUAUCUUGUUUUAGGGUGUGUACAUUUGGACAUGUUCAGACAUGCUAAUGGUAUACCAGUAAGCUCUCCGCUUCAAAUGUUCUUAGCAAUUAACUUAGCCAAUCUGUUUCUGUAGAAAUAUGAAUGAAAAGUUAUAUUACAAGUAAGCUUUCAGAGCACUUGUGUUUGUGCUCUAAAUACCUUUGCCUUUUGGAUAUCGAAAUGGACAUGGAAAAGGUUCUGCCCAGUCCAGUAACAAUUAAGUAGUUAAUUAAAGUAAGGGAUUUAAUGUAGGUUAGAUUAGGGCUGGUUUGGACUGUGAUAAAAUAGCUAGACAGUCUGUCAGUACUGAGGUGUAGGUUCUUAGUGACAGAGCCCAUCUCUCUUCCUGAACAGAGUCCCUGUACUGUCUCUCUUUGACAAAGGCCUUUUCAGGCCUAAGAUUUAACUAAUUCUGAGGCUGAUGGUAAAUUAUGAACACAGAGAUUGUCUCGUUGGUAUUUAUACUAAUAUAUUUUGUUUUCAGAGGUCUCUGUGGUUUGGAAGAAGUUUCUGUUAUGUUUGUGAGCAGAGUUUUUAGACGACCCUUUCAGGAUGUUUUAAUGUAGAGCCUGAAAGGGAAUCAAGCUUCAUUAGGGUUUAUCAUGUUACAGUAGUUGUGCUGGUAUAUGACUAUUAUUGAUGUGAGAACUUACGGUAUACCUCUUUUGCUCCCCAAUUGUCGGUGAUGCCUCUCGAUACAGAUUACGUCUCUUGAUACUCUUGUUACAAUUGGCAUAUUGUAUGGAGAGGUAUGAAAUAGUUACAAAACACCAAUAAGAUCAUGAUUGAUAUCAAGGCAAAUAAGAGUUCUAUGGACCUCACACACCUGCAGGUUAGAAUGAUAAAACGGGUGUAUGAAUUGUACAGUAUCGGGAACUAUAUAAUUUAAUGCGGUUGUAAAAUGAUCGUUAUUGUAAAGUGACACCUCUUGUGUUGUAGUAGUUAGCUCACUCUCAGGAUGUCCACAUUGCAUGUACUGUACGAUUCUUCUGAAAUGAUGAUCUUGAUAAUAAAAAUGUGGUCCUUGUUAACACAAUGAAAAGGUAAACUGCUUUAUUAUCUAAAAAUUGAAAGUAAGUGGGCGACGGAGAGAAUCAAAAUGGUGCAGUUUGAGGCCAU